CACGUCAAGUCCAUUAUGGCGUGCGAACAACGAGUGAGACCUAGCCGGAAUGCCCAGUUGCUUCCAGAUGAAGUUUCCACAGAGCAGCAAUCCUUGACUCUGGUGAAAAAACUACUAGCCAUCGCAGUCUCCAGUAUCACUUACCUUAGGGGACUUUUUCCAGAAAAAGCUUACGGCACCAAAUAUGUUGAUGAGCACAAAGUGAUGAUUCUUAGAGAGGAGCGUGACUUUCCGGGUGCAAGCCAGAUUGUUAAAUGGAUGCAAGGAUGCUUUGAUGCUCUUACAAAGAAAUAUCUCCGCAUGGUUAUUCUGUCUAUGUACUCUGAUCCAGAAAAUCCACAGAAAAUCACCGAAUGCUAUCAGUUCAAAAUCCAGUAUACCGAUAAGGGUCCACUGCUGGAUUUUGAAAGUACUUCUGACAGAAAUAAUAGGAGAGCAACGAAAAUGCCUUGUAACGACAUAAAGAAAGCGAGUAUCCUCCUCGUACGAAAACUCUACGUCCUGAUGCAGAACCUCGGGCCCCUUCCAGACAGAGUGUGUCUCAACAUGAAGCUGUCUUACUAUGACGAAGUCACUCCUCAGGAGUACCAGCCUCCUGGUUUUAAAGAGGGCGACAGUAACACUAUGUUUUUUGAGAAGGAGCCGGUGAGUCUUACCAUGGGAGAGGUGUCGACACCUUUCCACAGCCUCAGAGUGGAAGUGACCACAGAGAGAGAGAGACUGGAGCAGGUGGAGGACAAGCCGGGGUGUAUGAGAGAUGGACAGGUGUUAAAAAUGGAGGAGGAAGAGGUGGUGUCAGAGAAAACUGUAAAUGAGGAAUGGACCACAAAAAACGAUAUCAAUGGAUAUGUCAUUGCCACUGAAGAAAUUCAAGAGAGCCACAACGAAGAGUUAAGAACAUGUAAGGAUUUCUUGGAGAACUUGCCACAAGCUCAGAUGGAAACUGAUGUCAAGAAUACAGAUGACUGUGAGGUGGCAAAGAACAGGACCACGAGAAGUCGCGUCAUCAGAUCAUGCUCGGAGAGGAAGACGGAGUCCACGGUUACGGCAAAGAAGAAGAUUUCCCCAUUUGAGUUUCCGUUAAGUCAGGACCCUCAACCAGAAGUGACAAAGAGACGCAAGGUCAGUGAGCCCAAGGAACCCUACUGA